AUGAAUUCAACUCCUGUUGUUAUUGAUACAGGAAGUGGAUUCACUAAAGUCGGUUUUGCAGGAUAUUAUGAACCAAAAGUUGAAUUUCCAACUGUUGUUGGUGUUCCUAAAGAUAGUACAGCACUAAUUGGCGGAAAAAACGUUGAUUUUUUUGUAGGCAACGAAGUUUUUACGAAAUCAGAUUUGGUUGACAUCUCAAAGCCAAUUGAAAACGGUGUUAUUGUGAAUUGGGACGAUAUUGAAAAAGUUUGGCAUCAUACGUAUUAUAACGAACUUCUUGUUGUCCCAGACCAGCAUCCAGUUAUCAUUACAGAGAAACAAUGCGCAACUCAGCAUGCAAGAGAGAAAACAAUACAGAUGUUUUUCGAAACUUUCAACGUUCCUGGAUAUUAUUCAGGCGUACAAUCAGUAUUUGCUCUUCUCUCAUGCGGACUAACGACUGGCAUAGUUUGGGAUGGCGGUGAGGGAUAUAGUUCUGUUGUUCCUGUUUACGAAGGAUAUCAACAACCUCAUGCAGUGCUUCAAUCUCCAAUUUGCGGAGAGGUUCUAACAAAAUUCUUUACAGAUAAACUUAAUGCAGCUGGUACUGAUACAUCUUUCCUUAAACCAAACGAUAUUGCAGGUUUGAAAGAAAAUAAAUGCCGUGUGAAUAGAAAAAUUGACGAAAAUAGAGCGAAAACAUCGCAAUCAUUGAAACGAAGGAAGAUUUUUCAAAAAGAAUUGCAUUCUCAGAACGAAUCUGAAGCAGAAGCGGAUUAUGACACCGCUGAAGUAUUAUUCAAUCCAUCAAUUGCACAACUAUCCACUCCAUCUAUACCAGAAACCAUCGUUCAGUCGCUUUUGCUAGUUGAUACAGCUGUUCGCUAUGAGAUGCUUCCAAAUGUUGUUUUAUCAGGCGGCUGUUCGAUGUUUUCCGGUCUCCCUGAGCGUAUGGAAUCAGAAAUUAUAGGAAUUGAUAUAAAACCUUUAUUACAACCGGGGGAAACUCUUCCUCCUCCAAAAAGAAGAACUCACGGAGAAACAUCAAUCCAGAACAAUUCAUCUUUACAGUCAUCAUCACUUCAAGCUUCUUCGAUGCAGGCUGCCGUGAAAGGACAAAAGAUUUCUGCAAAGAAUUCUGGAUUUUUAGGGGAAAAGCAACAAGCUCAGUUCAGUUUGGAUGAUGAUUCUUUGGCUUUGACUCCUGAAGAAUUGCAUUCGAUGUCUCCGGAAGAAAUGCUCGAUUUAAUUGAUCCGAAUAUUAAAAACGAUAAGAACUAUAAAGUACCAAAACUUGAAGAUAUGAUCAUACCUGACCCUAUUGAUCUUCGCCUGAAGAUUCCUGGUGAUUUCCUUCCUCCUUCCCAAAAAUACGGUUUACCUUUAACAAAUGAGACACUUUUACUCACAGAAAAUGGGUAUAUCAUACCAUAUGAGCGAUAUAAAUGCUUAAUACAAUACCAAAAGGCAAGAAAAGUUAAAGUUCCAGUUGGAUUAAAUGCUCAUGUUACAGCACCUCCAGAGAGAAAGAAUUCUGUAUGGAUAGGAGGAUCUGUUCUUGGAUCACUUGACCAAUUCCCUGAUCUUUUGAUUUCUAAAGAAGAAUAUAAAGAAACAGGAUCUUGGAUUGUUCAAAUGAAAUGCUAUAGCUAA